UAAACAGUGCGGACAGGACAGAAAGCGCAGACACUGCAGAAAGCGUAGACAGGGCAGACAGCGCAGACACUGCAGAAAGCGUAGACAGGGCAGACAGCGCAGACACUGCAGAAAGCGUAGACAGGGCAGACAGCGCAGGGGUUGGUCGACGAAAUAUGACAACAGUAGUGAAAGGUUUGGUGGAGAGACUACGAGAUGGCGAGAACGUCAUCUGUGCGGAGGGAUACUUGUGGGAGCUGGAGAGAAGAGGUUUCCUCAGAUCCGGGCCCUUCACACCGGAAGUGGUUAUAGAUCAUCCUCAAGUAGUCCGACAUCUCCAUGAAGAAUUCGUCCAUGCCGGAAGUGACGUUGUGGAGGCCUUCACAUAUUUUGGGCACCGAGCAAAGCUGCGAAUGAUUGGAAGGGAAGAUGAACUGGAAACUUUAAAUUACACAGCACUGAAGAUCGCGCGAGAUGUUGCUGACAGAACGGGGACUCUGAUGGCAGGGAAUCUUUCCCACACAACAACCUAUGACCCAGGAAAUCCUGAAUCUAUUGAGGAAAGCAAGUCUAUAUUUAAAGAACAAGUAGAGUGGGCCGUGAAGGGGAGGGCGGACUACUUUAUUGCGGAGACAUUCAACUCGUGUAGUGAGGCCAGCCUCGCUCUAGAGGCCAUCCGGAAGUAUGGAAAAGGUCUACCUGCUGUGAUCACAAUGGCGGCGUAUGUGCCGGACAGAACCACAGACGACGUCCCCUUCCCCCAGGCAUUGAGGAGGCUAGAAGAGGAGGGGGCGGCAGUCGUGGGUCUGAACUGUGCUCGAGGUCCGGCCACCAUGUUGCCACUUCUGAGGCAGAUCCGACAGAGCUGUAAGGGCCCUAUAGCUGCACUACCUGUCACCUUCCGCACCACGCCCCAACAGAAGUGCUUCCAGUGCCUCACAGAUCCAGUGACAGGAGCCAAGGCGUACCCAGCAGAGUUAGCUCCCCUGCAGUGUACUCGGGCAGAGAUCCACCAGUUUGCUACAGAAGCGCGGGAGUUGGGCGUACAGUAUAUAGGUCUGUGUUGUGGCAGCGCCUCCUACUAUCUGAGGGAGGUCGCCAUUGCUUACGGCCGCAACCCACCAGCUGCCAAAUUUAAACCGGAUCUUUCUAUGAGUAUAGCAACAGGAGACGUCAUGUUAUUUGAAAGAGGAGAUAGAGCGAGGAAAGUGAGAUCCUUCAUGUUUGCUGAUAUUCAAUGAAGGAAACAUACAUGUGUGAGGCCCUUGGUUUUCACAUGUUUCUGUAUAAAAAAUUCAGUCUUUUUAUUGUUAUAGCGCAAACCCUUUCUAUACUUUUAUUUUAAACUUCAUUUAUCUAAAAUACCUAAUUGUUUCAAUCUAUUCCAAAGUGCACCGAAAUUCCGUCCCCUUUGUAUUCAGCAAACAUUCGGCACAUCUCCUCUAAUCAUAUGCCCCCUCUCGGGCAGGAUCCUCUCCCCAGCACUAUCUAUAAAUGUCAAUAAACACCUCCUCACGUCGCCGAAUCUUAUAUAUGUACAUGUAAAUGUUUCACUGACCUUGCCCCACGUUAUGUA